AUGCAUCUCACGGUGUACUGUGUGCGGAGGGACUCCACCGAGGUGACCUUCUCCCUCCAGGUCGACCGGGACUUUGAGCUCUACAACUUCCGGGUGCUCUGUGAGCUGGAGUCUGGCAUCCCUGCCGAGGAGGCGCAGAUUGUCUUUGCAGAGAACUGUCUUGAAGACAACCACAGAUCCUUGGCGUCCUACGGCCUGAAAGAUGGUGAUGUAGUGAUUCUACGGCAAGUGCACAACGAAGAGCCCAGGUCUCCUGGCGAGUUCACAGGGAUCGACUUCAGCAGUAUAGCUGUGCCGGGCUCGUCCAGCUCCCAGCACCUGCAGCCUUCGCAGUCAUCGGGUAGCUUUGUAGAAAUGGCUUCAGCCCCUGAGGCCACAGACAAUCCUGCAGCACUCAGAGAUGCCUUACUUUCCAAUCCCCAUGACUUGGCUCUGCUCAAAGAGCGCAACCCAUCCCUGGCAGAAGCCCUGCUCAGUGGGGACCUUGAGGAAUUUACUAGGGUUUUGAUGGAACAAGAAGAAGACCAAACCCUGAGAGAGGAAGAGAGGUUCCGCCUCUUUGUAGCUGACCCCUUUGAUCUUGAAGCACAGGCCAGGAUAGAAGAAGCCAUCAGGCAACAGAACAUUGAAGAAAACAUGUCCAUAGCAAUGGAAGAGGCUCCUGAGAGCUUUGGCCAAGUUGUGAUGCUAUAUAUAAACUGCAAAGUGAACGGACAUCCUGUGAAAGCCUUUGUUGAUACGGGUGCCCAGAUGACUAUUAUGAGCCAAGCUUGUGCAGUACGGUGUAAUAUAUUGAGACUUGUAGACCAGCGGUGGGCAGGGAUUGCUAAAGGUGUGGGAAUUCAGAAGAUUAUUGGUAGAGUACAUCUAGCUCAGGUUCAGAUUGAAGGAGAUUUCCUGGCAUGUUCUUUUUCUAUAAUAGAAGAGCAGCCCAUGGAUAUGCUUCUGGGCCUGGAUAUGCUCAAGCGACAUCAGUGUAACAUUGACCUCAAGAAAAAUGUACUAGUAAUUGGUACAACAGGCACGCAUACAACCUUUCUUCCAGAGAGGGAACUCCCAGAAUGUGCAAGGUUGGUAUAUGAUCCAGGGCAAGAUGACCUGCGAGUGGAGGAGAAACACUACAAAAAGCUUUAG